ACGGGGCGGGGUCUGUGGUGGCAGUGCUGGCGGCCGGCCACAAACACAGCUGUUUGGGGCUGAGGUGGCAGAUGAUAGCGAGAGGCAAAGUCGGAGCCCGAGGAGAGUGAUGAAUGGACCAGCAGGACUUGCGCACUUGGGCCGUCGCGAGCGAGUUCUCAAGUUAGGCGAGAGUUUUGAGAAGCAUCCGCGCUACGCCUUCCACACUGUGCGCUAUGACUUCAAACCUGCUUCUAUUGACACUUCCUGUGAAGGACAUCUGGAGGUUGGCAAAGGUGAACAGGUGACAAUAACUCUGCCAAAUAUAGAAGGUUCAACUACGCCAGUAACCGUUUUCAAAGGUUCAAAGAAACCAUACUUAAAAGAAUGCAUUUUGAUUAUUAACCAUGAUACUGGAGAAUGUCGACUAGAAAAACUGAGCAGCAACAUCACUGUAAAAAAAACAAGAGUUGAAGGAAGCAGUAAAGUUCACCAUUAUGUGGAACAGCAGCAGCAGCAGCAGCAGCAGCAGCAGCAGCAGCAGCAGCAGCAACAUAUGCGAAAUUCAAGUAGGACUCCCAAUUUUGUAAAGCAUUCUCCAUCUGAAGACAAGAUGUCCCCGACAUCUCUAAUGGAUGAUAUUGAAAGAGAACUAAAGGCAGAAGCUAGCCUAAUGGACCAGAUGAGUAGUUGUGAUAGUUCAUCAGAUUCCACAAGUUCAUCGUCAUCAAGUAGUGAGGAUAGUUCUAGUGAAUCAGAGGAUGACGCGGGCAGAUCUUCUUCUAAUCUGGGGAAUUGUAUCUCAGAACAUCCUACCAUGUCUGCCAUACCACAGUACAAGACUUCUGAUAUAGAUAGUAGAUCUGGUCAUAAUAGAUUUCAUGACAACAGUGGCCUUCUGAUGAAUACUUUACGUAGUGAUUUGCAGCUGAGUGACUCAGGAAGUGAUAGUGAUGACUGAAGAAAUGUCGACCUAUAAAUAUAACAUUUACAAGGCAUGUGUUUAUUUUGUGUUAAAAUAAAAACUACUAAAAGUGAAGGAAAUAAA